AUGAGUGUUCUCAUCAUUGAAGCCUUUUAUGGGGGCUCCCAUAAACAACUGGCAGAUCUUCUCCAUGAAGAGUUAGAAGACUGUGUCCUUUAUACCCUUCCUGCAAAGAAGUGGCACUGGAGGGCACGGACAGCGGCUCUGUAUUUCUCUCAGAAUGUGCCCACCAGUGAGCGUUACAGGAUCCUCUUUGCAAGCUCAGUGCUUAACCUGACCGAACUGGCUGCCCUUCGCCCUGACCUUGGGAAAUUGAAAAAGAUUCUGUACUUCCACGAGAACCAAUUGGUAUAUCCUGUCAAGAAAUGUCAGGAGAGGGAUUUCCAAUAUGGAUACAACCAAAUUCUUUCAUGUCUGGUGGCUGAUGUGGUAGUAUUCAACUCAGUUUUUAAUAUGGAGUCGUUUCUCACUUCCAUUGGGAAAUUCAUGAAGUUGAUUCCUGAUCACAGACCCAAGGAUCUGGAAAGCUUAAUCAGACCCAAGUGCCAAGUUGUUUACUUUCCCAUCAGGUUUCCUGAUAUAAGCAGAUUCAUGCCCAAGCACAAAACCCCACAUUUAAAGAAGAUGCUCAGCCUUAAAGGAGAUGAUGCUUCUCCCUCCGUGGCCUUCCCUUCGCAAAAGGAUCUGGGAGGCUCAGAAAGUGUGUUGAAGAAUUUUACUUCAGUUUCCAGACUUUGUGAUGCAUUUUCUGACCUUAAACCAGCACAACAAGAAAGACUGGAGCCGUCAAACAUGCACAAGUGUAACUCGUCAGACCAUUCAAACUCUUAUCACGAGGAAAAGAAACACAACUCAGCUCUUAAUCCCUGUGACAUUGUGGGUGCAACCGAUGAUCAGCAAAGACCAUUGCACAUUGUCUGGCCUCACAGGUGGGAACAUGAUAAAGAUCCAGAGAGGUUUUUUAAGGUAUUAAUGCAUCUAAAGGACCUUGGACUCAAUUUCCACGUCUCUGUACUUGGAGAAACCUUCACAGAUGUCCCAGCUAUCUUUUCAGAGGCCAAGAAGGUAUUGGGAUCGUCUGCCUUACACUGGGGCUACUUACCCAGCAAAGAUGACUAUUUCCAAGUACUGUGUAUGGCUGAUGUUGUCAUCUCAACAGCUAAGCAUGAAUUCUUUGGAGUGGCGAUGUUGGAAGCAGUGUAUUGUGGUUGUUAUCCACUUUGCCCCAAGGAUUUGGUCUAUCCAGAAAUAUUUCCAGCUGAAUAUCUGUAUUCUACACCUGAACAGCUUUCAAAAAGGCUCCAGAAUUUCUGCAAGAGACCAGAUAUUAUAAGAAAACAUCUCUAUACGGGCGAAAUGGCUCCGUUUACUUGGGCAGCCCUACAUGGUAAAUUCAGGUCUCUGCUUACAACAGAACCUAGGGAAGAUUUGUGACAGAUGGGGCUAAGUCACAAACUUGCAGCCUAAGGCAGAAUCUGGAGAACUUUCCAGAGUGUGCCCAUAUUUACCUGAUCAGAGAGAAAAGAAAAUCUGCAGAGGAAGCUGAGCCUGGCUGCUUGUCAUAGCUGACACAGAGCCAUCUGCCACAAACCUGUGGCGGCUUCAGAUCUCCAAUCCCUGCCACCACCCCAACUCAAAUUAAAUACAGAUUCCUAGAGACGUUAUGAUGGUUACACAUGUCCUCGGCAUCACAUGUAGGAGACUGUUCAAAAAAAAAUAUGUGGCCUGUUGUAUAACCGCACUCAUGUAUCCCAUAUGUGGUGCCACAUUGAAUUUCCGGUUGAAUCUGUUUUUAUCCUUUGUACUGGAUGACAUGGUGCCUGAAUUCUUUCUCUUCGCCGACACGAUGGCAGCCAAACUGCAGCUUCAAACGCUCGCACUUGGCUGAGCUUUCCCCUAGGUUGCCAGGUUAUCAUCGGAGUCUUCGUGUGUCCUCAAAGGGCCAUGGGGUCUAGGAGGAGGAACGGAAUGCUACCGGACUAAUUGGGCAGCCAUCUCGGAGUUGUUUGUGGGAAAAGGGCUGCUUUAGCACUUUUCUUUUAGCAAAUUAAUGACUCUCCGGCACAGGGGUUUUUAAGUGAAGGUAUUAAUAAGAAGUCUGGCAGGUAUUCCCAUGAUUCACAGUGUUACAUUUGCAUUUAAUUAAUCUUAAAGGAAGUUGCAAGAUAAACAGCUGUAAUACGGACAAACAUGGGCAGUACACUAAGUGGAGCCAUCUCUCCCAUAAAAUGAACACUGAGAUACUUGUUUCAGAUUCCCCCCACCCCAGGCUACAAGUAGACAAAUCAAAAUACUUCUAAAGAAACUAGUUAUCAUGAUACAAAAACUCCUUAAAAGUGUUUGCAUCCAGCUACAAAUCCACUCUUUUCAAGAUCAAUCAUUUACAGUUCCAAUGGUCUAGCUUCUGUAUAUGUUGAUGUAAAGAAUUUUGAAUAAAUUGUGAAAUAAAUUUUUAUUCAAGGGCCCACCGCCAUUUUU